AUGAAUCAGGUCACAAUUCAAUGGGACGUGGCAAUAGCUCUUUACAUCUUCUUCAAUUGGUGUCAUGGAGGAAUUACAAAUAUAAACUGCUCUGGACGCAUCUGGGUAGAACCAGCCACAAUUUUUAAGAUGGGUAUGAAUAUCUCUAUAUAUUGCCAAGCAGCAAUUAAGAACUGCCAACCAAGGAAACUUUAUUUUUAUAAAAAUGGCAUCAAAGAAAGAUUUCAAAUCACAAGAAUUAAUAAAACAACGGCCCGCCUUUGGUAUAACAACUUUCUGGAGCCACAAGCCUUUAUGUACUGUACUGCUGAAUGUCCCGGAUAUUUUCAAGAGACACUGAUAUGUGGAAAAGACAUUUCUUCUGGAUAUCCACCAGAUGUCCCUGACAAAGUAACCUGUGUCAUUUAUGAAUAUUCAGGCAACAUGACUUGUACCUGGAACCCUGGGAAGCCCACCUACAUAGACACCAAGUAUGUGGUGUACGUGCAGAGUUUAGAGACAGAAGAAGAACAAGAGUAUCUCACUUCAAGUUAUAUUAACAUCUCCACUGAUUCAUUACAAGGUGGCAAGAAGUAUUUGGUUUGGGUCCAAGCUUCAAAUGUACUGGGCACGGAGAAGUCAAAACAAGUGCAAAUUCACCUGGACGAUAUAGUGAUACCUUCUGCAACCAUUAUUUCCAGGGCUGAGGAUAUAAAUACUACAGUGCCCAAAACCGUAAUCCACUGGAAUAGUCAAACAUCAAUUGAAAAGGUUUCCUGUGAAAUGAGAUACAAGGCUGCAACAAACCAAACUUGGAAUGUUAAAGAAUUUGACACCAAUUUUACAUACGUGCAACAGUCAGAAUUCUACUUGCAGCCAAACACUAAGUACGUAUUUCAAGUAAGAUGUCAAGAAAAAGCUAAAAGGUACUGGCAGCCCUGGAGUUCACCCUUUUUUCAUAAAACUCCUGAAAUAGUUCCCCAGGUCACACUGCAAUCAUUUCAACAUGAUACUCAGAAUUCUGGGCUUCUAAUUGCUUCCAUCUUUGAAGGACACCUUACUUCUGACAAUGGGCAACAAGACAUUGGGCUUCUAUUGGGAAUGGUCUUCUUUGCCGUUAUUUUAUCAAUUCUUUCUUUGAUUGGGAUAUUUAACAGAUCGCUCAGAACUGAAAUUAAAAGAAGAAUCUUAUUGCUAAUACCGAAGUGGCUUUAUGAAGAUAUACCUAAUAUAGAAAAUAGCAAUGUUGUGAAAAUGCUACAGGAAAAAAGUGAGUUUAUGAAUAAUAAUUCCAGCGAACAGGUCCUAUAUGUUGAUCCAGUGAUUACAGAGAUAGAAAUCUUUCUCCCAGAAGAAAAACCCAUGGACUACAAGAGGGAAAAGAAUACAGGAUCCCUGGAGACAAACGACAGCCUGCAAAAGUCACUACUCACCAACACUACAGUUGUAUACAUUCCUGAUCUCAACACUGGGUAUAAACCCCAGAUUUCAAAUUUUCUCACUGGGGGAAACCAUCUCAGCAAUAAUGAAACAGCUUCCUCAACUCUGGAACCACCAGCUGAUUGCUUAAACCUGGGAAAGAAUGCCAGGUUUAAAAAAUAUCCUAAUUUUUCUUUCUCUGUCUCAAGUAUGAAUUCGCUAAGCAACACACUACUUCUUGAAGAAUUAAGCCUCAUUUUAAAUCAAGGAGAAUGCAGUCCUCCAGACAUGCAAAACCCUGUAGAGGGGGAAACCACCAUGCUUUUGGAAAAUACAUCACCAAAUGAAACUAUUCCAGAACAGACCCUGCUGCCUGAUGAAUUCGUCACCUGUUUGGGGAGCAUGAACGAGGCGUUACCGUCUAUAAAUUCUUAUUUUCCACAAAAUAUUUUGGAAAGCCACUUCAACAGGAUUACACUCUUAGAAAAGUAG